AUGAGACGUGUACUCUUUAUGUUCAGGAGAUGGAGUUUGAGAAAACUUAUAUUGAUAGUAGCUGUACUGCUGAUGUUGAUUACUAUAGCCUUCACACUGACGUCAAACCCAUACUACCGCAAUGCUGUGUAUGAGCAAUAUAAUUCGGCGAUAAAUCCUUGGCCUAGUAAUCAGCAAUCUGAGGUAUCCACUGAUGCUGGUAUAGCACAUGAUGGUCCUUACGAGAUGCAUGACGAUGAGACGCUGAAUUCUAUAUUCCAAAGACUGGAAACACCUCUAUAUGAUGACGUUUCGGAUGAUAACAUCAAGAAACAAUCUGCAAAGAAUUUAAAAUUGUACAACGACAUCAUGUCAGUCGAAAUUGAUGAACCAAAAGUUGAUAAUUUGGUUCGUUAUGACGAUGAAAAUUAUGAACGUGCGUCCGCAACUAUACUAUCCCUGGUGAGAAACAAAGAUUUGAUGAAAAUUUUGCCUGUAAUUGAUCAGCUGGAAACAAAAUUUAAUAGUAAAUUUGGUUAUCCUUACACCUUCUUAAACGAUGAAGAGUUCACUGAGGAAUUCAAAAAGGGGAUACGUAAUUAUCUCCCAAACGACAGAGUAGUCAACUUUGGUAAAAUUGAUGAUAAGGAUUGGAACAUGCCAGAAGAUAUCGACGUUGAUAAAUAUGAAAAGGAAAUGGAUAAAUUAGAAAAUGAAAAAGUUGGUUACGUUAAAUUGACAUCGUAUCACAACAUGUGUCGUUUCUAUUCAAGAAAAUUUUAUCAUCAUCCAUUAUUGAAAGAUUACAAAUAUACAUGGAGGAUUGAGCCAGACGUAAAUUUUUAUUGUAACAUAGAUUAUGACAUUUUCAAAUUUAUGGAAUUAAAUGAUAAAGUUUACGGAUUUGUCUUGAAUUUAUACGACUCACCACAGAGCGUUAGAUCUCUAUGGACCUACACAAUGGAAUUCUUGAGGGAAAACCCCAAUUACAUCAAUAAAAAUGGCGCUUUUGAGUGGUUAAAAGAAAAUUUACAACAAAAUAAAAAUUUCGAAAUUACAAGUGGUUAUUCAACAUGUCAUUUCUGGACUAAUUUUGAAAUUAACGAUCUGGAUUUCCUGAGGAGUGAAGCCUACGAAAAGUACAUGGAUUUCUUAGAAUCGAAGCAAGGAUUUUAUUACGAAAGAUGGGGUGAUGCUCCAGUGAGAAGUUUAGCUUUAGCUUUAUUUGCAGAUAAAUCCAAGAUUCAUUGGUUUAGAGAUAUCGGUUACCAUCAUCAACCCUACACCAACUGUCCUAAAUGUCCGCCUGAUUCCAAAAAAUGCGAUGGCAGAUGUGUGCCCGGUAAAUUUACUCCAUGGGACAAUCUGAAUACUCAAAACUGUCAAGCUACCUGGAUCGAGCAUGUAAUGACAGAAGAAGAUCUGGCCCUGUACUAG